GUGACCACAAGUUUAAACGAUGCCUGGCGCGAUUUUGAAGCGAACCAUCGGCGAUAAGACCUUCCCCGCCAUCGGCUAUGGUGCGAUGGGAAUAGCUGCAGCCUAUGGAACUCCUCUGACCAUCGAGGAAGCCCUUAAGGUCCUCGAUGGCGUGUACGCAAGUGGGGUAACGCAGUGGGACACUGCGGAUGCCUAUUCCAACAGCGAAUACAUUAUCGGACAGUGGUUCAAGCGUACAGGAAAGCGAGAUGAGAUCUUCCUUGCCACAAAAUUCGGCUUUGGUCACCACUGGGAGGGCGACGAGACUCGUACUAUCAAUGGCGACCCUGACUACGUGCCGAAGGCAGUCCAGAGAUCCUUGGAGCAACUCGGCGUGGAUUACGUCGAUUUGUUGUACUUGCACAGGGCCGAUGCUAAAGUACCGAUAGAACUGUCUGUGAAGGCGAUGGCGGAGCAGGUGAAGGCUGGCAAGGUCAGGUACCUCGGUCUCUCCGAAGUCAGCGCGGACACUCUUCGUCGUGCGUACGCCAUACACCCUAUUGCAGCUGUCCAAGUCGAGUACUCGCCCUUCACGACCGAGAUCGAGGAUGAGAAGAUCGGCCUUUUGAAAGCUGCCCGCGAGCUUGGGGUCAGGAUCGUCGCUUACGGAGCGCUCGGGCGUGGACUCCUCACUGGCAAAUAUACAGAUCCAGAUCAGUUCCCUCCAACCGACUUCCGUAGAACUAUUCCGCGGUUCUCGAAGGAGAACUUCCCGAGCAUUCUCAAGAUCGCGGAAGGCCUGAAGAAAGUCGGGGAGAAAUACGGUGCAUCGUCCGGCCAGGUCGCUCUUGCUUGGGUGCUCGCACAAGGCGAGGACAUCAUCCCUAUUGUGGGCACGACAAAGUUCGACAACUUGAAAGAGAACCUUGGUGCAUAUGACGUGAAGCUGAGUCCCGGAGACGUUGCGGAGGUCCGCCGCCUUGCGGAUGGGGCCUCUGUGCCUGGCGACCGGUACCCGGCACGCCUAUUCCACACGCUCUUCGCCGAUACCCCUGCUCUUCAACAAUGA